AUGGCUGUGGUUGUACUUACCAUACUGGAGUCCUCCGCUGCAACGCUUCUGAACAGCGUCCCGACAAAGCCUACUGCCUUCCCGCAAGUGGAAAGCUUCGAGAUCUUCCGCGACUAUCGCUUGCCGAAGAUAGGGGCCAUGAAGGCCAGUGUCCAACCUGCCGUGGACUCACUCCUAGCAGCUCCUAUGACUCAGAGUUUGGAGUUGUAUGAUUGCCCAGGUUGCACAGAGUUAGUAGGCCGGUCGUCUUUUAUUUGGCUGCUGAGGGAGUUCGGACUUGGCUUUUAG